UUGCGUUUUGAUGUUUUCAUCGUCUCGUUGUUACGAACUACAUGAGUCAAUUUUAUGUUGUUAUUAAGUUCGUAUCUUAUUUUUCUUUAUUUCUUUUUUUUAUCAUCGUUACUCGUUGAUCGCGCGCAAUUGCAAUUGCGAUAAUAUAAUGUGUGAAGUACGGAUUACGUAUUUAUUUCUAAUAAUAUGUUUUAUUUAUCAAGUAUCUGCAUCCUGCCAAAUACCAUUGAUAAUUCGAGGUUCUUGGUUCUCUUGGGAAAAUGGUAGGAACACGUUGACAGAAAUAAAUGCUGAAACGAUGACAAAUCGAGGAUAUUGUAUAAACAUGUUGGAAGAAUAUCACGUGAACUAUACGUUUGUGUUUCGUAAAAAUGUUUGUUAUCACUGCGUGAAACUCAUCGUUAGAACGGUUAAUGUAUUGGAGAAACUGGAAGCAAGCUGCGUAAAUUUACCCACCGGAGUUGAACCUACGGUAGAAAAUGUCUGCAAAGGAUUACGUCCCGAUCAGCAACUGAUAACAUUGUUUUCUGAAAAUUAUGUUCCCGUAAAUUGUAGAUCGUCGCUAGAAGGUGUAUGGCAGUUUGCCUAUCAGAAUCGAUUCAGAUUUACGGGUGAAUGCAAUCAUCCGGAUGCGCAAAUACGUUCUUGUCAAACAGCAGGAACGCAAUUUCUUAUAACUAAUCAAAAGUUCAAUAUAACUUACAAGCAGUGUCAAGGGAUGAAAGGAACCUUCGAUGGACUGGUAGAAUACAGCUGUUUGGGUGAUUGGUUCGUAGAAAAAAAUCAUUUUUUCGCCGUAGCAAAUACAAAAGAAUCUAGAAAGGACGAAAAGUACAGAUGUUUUUUAAAAAAUCGCGAUGACGAUUUAUACAUCGGUGUAUCGAUCACAGCAGAAUGCAACACUCUGAAAACCGUUGAAAAGAGUCCUGAAAGAUUAAGAGUUACUCCUGUCAAAGCUGAAGUGGUAGAACCUGGUUGCCGCUUACCUCAAGAUAUGCAUGGGAAUUGGAUAAAUACUGCUAAUAUCGACGCUGAUGUUUUUAUUAAUGAGACGCAUAUCAUUGAAACGUGGUAUCCGGACGAGGGCCGUUACAGGCGUACGAUUUAUGUCUGUCGUGAAUUAAGAGAUAGUAAGAUAAUGAUGGCACGAUUAACGGUCGAUGGCUGCCAAAGGGACUAUGUUUGCUUCGAUGUUGUUCCGCGACAUCACAAUAUUAUUAGAUACCGCCGUGGCCUUGCCGUGAUCAAGGAUGAUUUUCAUACGGUCUGCUCUUGGGUCCAAUUUCAAAAUACAGAAGAUUGGAAGUACGAUUUAUUCUUAGCGGAAAAUCCUGUACCCGUACGUUGCCCCGUCGCUGGAAAGUACAUGUUUAAGCAGAAAGGAGAUGUUCUUUUCGAGACACGUAUCUUGGGUGGUGUCACUCUGUCGCCACGUCCGAACAUCUAUUGCAAGCAAAAUAUUUCGGAUUUCUCUGUAUGCGAUACGGAUCAAAAAGAAGUAGCCAUAGAUGAGAACUAUUGUUUGUCCGUGGACUAUUUAGGAAAACCGGUGGAUAUUUAUAGCGAACCCGAUUAUAAGAUGAAAUGUAUUGGAUAUUGGAAAGAAAAUUUAAAAUCCUAUCUUAUUACAUACGACGAAUUAGAUCCUUUCAGCAAGUACCGUUGUUGGGUGUAUCAAAGAGCAGAUUUAAAUAGAGUAUUAAUGUCUCAAGCAAUCGGACCGUUUUGCGAUCUUAAACAAGACGUUACGAGUAGUAAUUACACGGAAGGUGCAGCGGUUGCGCUCGAGUUGCAAGAAUACGAACGAGAACGCGAUCAGUGUCCAAUGCAUUUUGACGAUGGUAGUAAUCCGUGGAUGCAGACUGAAAACUAUAUUAAAGUUUUCCAUUAUGGUAACGGUAACGAUAAGACGACCGUAACGUUUCCCUUAUUGCUUACGGGAAUCGUAGUCUUUCUUACUCGACUCGAUAUACUACAUAUACGAUACGCCGUAUAGCACACGUAUCUUAGAGAUCGUAUCUAUUUCUAUUGAGACUAUAUUUUGCUACGUCAGUGACAAUGGUUCGGGCUAUAGUUCGUUGAUCAUCAUCGUGUUUAUUCGACGAUGUUUAAGACAUUUAUUAUUUUUAUAAUGGAGAAGAAUUUCAAGUACAAUAUAUAUAAGAAUUUGUUGAAGCGUGAAUUUAUCGCAUUUAUAUAUUCUGUGUGCGCGUACGAAUGCAAGUGACCAAUAGUAGCUAACGUUGUUUACACUGAAUCUCUUUUGUUUGAAAUAAUUUCUACGCAACGUGCAUCUUUUUGUUUCGGUCGUGACCUCCAACGAAUUCGACGAGAUACGAGCUGUGUGUACGUCCUUGUUCGAAUCCAAAUAAGAAUGUACAUAGUUUGUAUUCGUUUAAUUUCUCUCAUUUCUUCUGUCUCGAUUACGAAACGAUAAUCGACAGAAUUAAAGAUAGGAUAGACUUUAGAUAAAUGUUAAAUAUUCCGUCCAAACGAUGACUUAUUCCAUCCAUGUUAUGUAUUGAUGUACAUACGAUAUUUACCAUACAACAAACUUAUUAUUAUAUUUUAUUCGCUGAAACCUAUCGGCGAUAGUUUUCCUUGUAACUUUAUUUGAUACAAGGAAAUUUUAUUCGUUCGAUUAGUCUAAAAGCACGAUAAGUACAGACGUAUUAUAGAUAUAGUAUUAUACUCUUUUUUUAUACAAUAUACGAGUCAUCAAAAAGAACUUGUACAUGCUUUAUGCCAUAAACUAUUUCAUAAAUUGUUAUUUAUAAUUUAAAUAAAUAAAAAUGUAUCCAAAAACCUGGCCUUUAUUUGGUCCAGCUAACUUUUGGUAUGUCAAAGUGUUCCGUCAAACUA